AUGGCGGAGGCAGAAUUGCACAAGGAGAGGCUGCAAGCCAUAGCAGAAAAACGGAAAAGGCAGACAGAAAUAGAAGGCAAGAGACAACAGCUUGAGGAGCAGAUACUUCAACUGCAGCACUCCAAGUCAAAGGCCCUUCGAGAAAAAUGGCUGAUGCAAGGAAUCCCAGCCGGAACAGCGGAAGAGGAAGAAGCCAGGAGGCGGCAAACUGAAGAAGAUGAGUUCAAGGUCAGGACAUUUGAAGACAACAUCCAUAGGCUGGAGCAGGAAAUAGAGAAGCUAGAAAGUGAGGAGUCUCAGAUAUCUGCCAAAGAGAAACUCAUCCUAGAGAAACUAAAGGAGACAGAGAAAUCCUUGGAGGACUUUCAAAAGAGCUUUUCAAAUAAGGAUGGAGAUGCAGUAAAUCACAUUUGCUCCCAACUUCCUGAUUUACCAAAGCUCUAUACUCGAACGGCUGAACCAUCUCCUGGGCGAGACGGAACAAGCAGCGUAGCUGAUGAAAAGAGGGAUGAAGAUCUGUGUUCUGGAAGCCAGAGACCAUUCGGCUAUAGGUUUGAAAGUUCUGAUGUUGAAAUGACUUUAACAAAAACUCCCAAACUUCCUGAGCAUGACGUCAGGUUGAAAAAAAACAGAAUCCAAUACAGUGCCAAUUUCCUGGAGCCGGCCGCCAGCAUCCUUCCCUCCAGCAGUGAGAAAAUGGAAAUUGAAGUUCCCAUUGCAGAAUGUAAAAGUGCCACCGGGGCGGACCCAGCUUCGGCUUCACAUCCCAUGGACCAUCCUCCCCCGUUCUAUUCUCCCAUGCCCAGCCACAAUGGCCUCCUUCCAGACUCCCACGAAUCCCUAGACAGUGAGGUGGCCAAAGAGAUCAGAUAUCUAGACGAGGUGCUGGAGGCCAACUGCUGUGAUUCUUCUGCCGACGCCGCUUACAACGGGACGUCCUCUCCAGAACCCAGUGUGACCAUUGCCAAGGGAGAAUCCAGCCCGUCCAUCCCCACGUCCAGCUGCCCAAAGUCCACUGAGAGCAGGGAAACAGCUGUCGUCCUUCCACUCACUGAGCUGAACAAGGCUAGCCCCAUGGCAGAGGCCCUGAAGCCCAACGGGCACCCUCCUGACGGGCAGAGAGAGGCACUUGGUGAAAGCUGGCCAGCUCCUGUGAGUCCCAGUUCUUCAACUAGCUCAAGGGGGUCCUCCCGGGACGGAGAGAUCACCCAUACCACACUGAAGAAAGAGGCCAAAUUUGAGCUGCGCGCCUUCCACGAGGACAAGAAGCCGUCGAAGCUCUUUGACGACGACUGCGGUGAGAAGGAUAAAUACCGAGUCCGGAAAGUCAGACCAUCGGAGGAGAUGCUGGAGCUGGAAAAGGAAAGAAGGGAGCUGAUCCGUAGCCAGGCAGUAAAGAAAAAUCCUGGCAUCGCAGCCAAGUGGUGGAACCCACCCCAGGAAAAGACCCUGGAGGAGCAGCUAGAUGAAGAGCAUCUGGAGUCCCACAAAAAAUACAAGGAACGUAAAGAGCGACGGCAGCAACAGGAACAACAGCAGCUCCUGCUGCUGCAGCAACAGCAGCAACUACUGCAGAAGCAGCAGCCUCUGAACCAACCGUGUGUGAGCCCAGCCUCCCCCAACCAGUCCCACUGCGCUUUUGAACUUCCAGAUGCGUCCAUCAGCCAGAAAAAAGAUAUUGUCACAGAGCAAAUAGACUUCUCGUCGGCCAGAAAACAGUUUCAGUUGAUGGAGAAUUCCCGGCAGGCAGCAGCCAGGGGGCCAGGGGCCCCAAAGUUAUUCUCCAUUAAGCCCUUCUACAGACCUUUGGGCUCCAGUCUUUCAGAAAAGGCCCUGACCAUAACGAGACCUGCUUCUAUCGGAGUCCCUCCUGAGGAAGAUGGCAUCUCCUCCCCCAAGCCGGAGAAAUCCCCCUGCGGUCCAGGGACCCAGAACAGUCCCACCAAUCCAGGCGAGGCAUCAAAACAUGGGCCGACGGCCAAGCUGUGGGCAGAGGAGGGCGAGUUUAUGAGCGCCAGGGCAGUCUUCACCGUCGUGAAGGAGGACGACCAUGGCAUAUUAGAUCAGUUUUCCCGGUCGGUCAACAUCUCUUCGCCUCCAGAAGAGCUGGACUCCGGUUUAGACGAGCUGUCCGUGCGGUCUCAGGACACCACAGUUUUGGAAACCCUCUCCAACGACUUUAGCAUGGACAAUAUCAGCGACAGCGGAGCCUCCAACGAGACGAUGAACGCCCUGCAGGAAAAUUCACUGGCUGAUUUCUCCCUGCCCCAAACCCCUCAGACCGAGAUCCCCCUCGAAAGCCGUCCGGAGGGGGUAUCCAAGUCGUUCAGCGACCACGGUUUCUACUCCCCCUCCUCCACCCAGGGGGACUCAUUGCUAAUGGAAGAACACCUGGAAUACCAGGCUGGUCUCCUGGUGCAGAACGCGAUUCAACAGGCCAUAGCCGAGCAGGCUGACAAAGCAGGCUGCAGACCCGCCGAGGACCCAGUAGUGCCGAAAAGCCCCGUCAAAGAGGAAGAGGAAGUCAGCAGCCCGGCAGCCUGCUCAGGAAAGCCUCGGAACACAUUUGAGCCUCCUCAGGUGUCUUCUCCAGUUCAAGAAAAAAGAGAUGUGUUACCAAAGACGCUGGCAGCCGAAGACGCGGAACUCAGGGAAAAGAUGACCUCGCGGCAGCCUCCUGAGGCUCAUACUAUCCACCCGGUCCACAGUGAGGAGAGCAGGCCAGAAGUGAGCUAUUUCAGCAAGUAUUCAGAGGCGGCUGAGCUAAGGAGCACAGCCUCCAUCUUGGCCAGUCAAGAAUCCGAGAUGACAGUGGGGCCCUAUAAACUGAGGUCGAAAAAGCAGCGGACUCUGUCCAUGAUUGAAGAGGAGAUCCGAGCAGCUCAGGAAAGAGAGGAGGAGCUGAAGAGGCAGAGACAAGUCCGGCAAAUUGCACAGAGCCCCACUACGAAGAAUGCACCUCCUCUGCCCUCCAGAACGGUGUGUUAUAAGACGGCUCCUGGGAAAAUAGAGAAAGUCAGACCUCCUCCAUCCCCCACCACAGAAGGUCCCAGCUCACAGCCUGAUUUACUGCUUGAAGAGGCUGCCGGAUCCCAGCGGCCCAAGAAUCUGAUGCAGACCCUCAUGGAAGAUUAUGAGACACACAAAACUAAAAGGCGCGAGAGAAUGGAUGAUAGCAGUGUCCUUGAGGCAACUCGAGUGAAUCGCCGGAAGAGCGCAUUGGCACUGCGCUGGGAGGCUGGAAUAUAUGCCAAUCAGGAGGAGGAUGAAUAA